GGUACUGCAAAGGAACAGCACCUCUAGGUGGAGCCCUCUGGCUCUCAGCGGCUAGGGGCCCACGCACACUGUCCACCCGUCAGAGCCCUCCGUCACUUCAGAACCUGAACAGUGAUGACGGUUGCAGAGGACAAGACUUACGAGUAUAUCCGCCACCAUUUCCGCAAUUUUUACCAUAUUCAUGUUCUGGAGAUUCUGCCUUACUUGUCUUGCCUCACAGCAAGUGACCAGGAUCUACUGCGGGCCCACUACAAUCUCAAGGGGAACCGGAACACUAUCUGGGAACUCUUCAACAGCCUUCAGCGGCGGAGUGGUUGGGUGGAGUCCCUCAUCCGGGCACUGAGGGCCUGCGAGCUGACUGGUCUCGCCGACGAAGUGGCCCACGUCUACCAGAGCAACCUGCCCUUGAACCAAAGAGGCCCCCAGCCGUCAGCUUCAGCUGAGGCUCCAGGGCCCUCCGCGCCUGCUGUGGCCUCCAGUGCCUCCCACGACAGCUAUAGAGACGAGGAGUCGAGUUACCCCAUACCCGUCCAGGACACCCAGUCGCCAGCAUCCCUGGGAGAGAGUUCCAGGAAGGGCCCACAGACACCCAGCCCUGGGACUGUCCUGAGGAGGUCCAGUGGCCCCCAGAAUCCUUCCUCUGACAUGGCAACCCUCAGCCCUCAGCCCUCCAGUGGGCCACAGGAGCAGGACUCAGAACCGGGCAGUACCCACACAGAAGCUUUGCCACCUGCGGGCACGGUCUCCAGCCUCACAUCGUCACCUCAUGGGCCCGUAUCUCCGACUGUGUCCUUCCAGCCCCUGGCCCGUUCCACCCCCAGGGCAAGCCGCUUGCCUGGACCUGCAGUGUCAGCUCUGUCUACCGCCACCUCCUCCUCCUCUGUAGGGGGUGCUGGUGGCCAGGCUGAGGCUACUGUCUGCUCCAGUGGGGUAGGGGUGCCCACCAACUCUACGACCACCAGCAUAGCGCCCUCCAAGGUGCCCACCCACUCGGCAUUUACCAGCACAGUGCCUUCUAACUUGCCCACCUGCUCAAAGCCUCCCACUAAUGUGCCCACCAGUCUACCACCAUCCAAAUUGCCUAUCAACACAACACGCGCUGGCACAGUGCCACCCAAGGUGCCUGCUGGCUUGGUGCCUGACCACAGGAUGCCCACGAGUUCGGUGCCCAGCAAGGUGCCUGCCAACAAAGCACCCCCCAUCAGGAGCAGCAACAGACCCGCAGAGGAGACACCAGUGUCUCCAGUGCCCACAGGUGCCCCUGCUGGAGGCAGCUCGUCGAGUGCAGACAGAAGCUCUGACAGCUGGGGCUCAGGGCCAGAGCUGAGCAAACCAGGCAGGCUGUCUUCCCAGGACAGCCCGCUGUUCUCCGGCUGCUCCGAGGACCUUGCCAUUAGCAGCGACUCCUCGGGCCCAAAACCUAACAAUGCCCCAGAGGAGAAUGAGUACAGUUCGGUGAAUGGCCUGAGCAUCCACGUGGCUGAGGGUCCCAGUGUUGACCUCAUGGCGGGCAACUCUGGGGUGCAGGCUGUCCCCCUGCACAGGGCAGAGGAGGAGGAGGAGUCCCAGCUUGUGGGGACACCAGUGCCAUGGGCUCCACAGGCUCUGUGGCUCGGGGCGGCUGCUGCUGGGGCGCUCCUGGCCGCACUGCUGGCUGUGCUGUACCGGCGGCGCCUGCUCCAGUGAGGCCCCUCUGCUCUCCCGGUCAUGUAUCUGCUCCCUUCCCCUCAGUACAUUUGGCCUGAGUCACGGAGCUGGUCCCAUCCACUUUGUCCCUUUCUUGGGAUUGGCAGAGGCUGGAUCAGAGGGGACUCGAGGCCGUAGCCUUGUGUGGAGGCUGAGCCAUUGCCAACUGAGUCCUGGGAGGCCACAUUUCUGUCGCACGCAGCUGGUGCACCCUGCAGCUCCCUUACCAUCCUUGGCUUCCUGGGUCCAGGGUUGCCCCAUUUCUCCAGACCUGCCACCUGGCAAUCUGGGUUGUCGCCCUUGUCCUCUGGAGGAGGUGCCUCCAUCCAGGCCUCAUUUCUCUUUGUCCAAGCCCAUGGAUGGGGAGGUGCCACUGAAGAGUGCAGGGGAUUGGCAACACCCAGCCCCAGCCCCACCCCAGUCCUGCCCUGGUCCCUGGCUGCUGCUGACCCAUGUCUGGGAAAAGGAAUCCACAAGACCUCCCUCCCGGCCCCCAGCAGCGCAGCCGGAGGCCGUUGCCCUUGAGAGCACCCUAGAGAAGACCAGAGCUGCUGCUGGCCCUCCACUCGUGCUGGGCAAGGUUGGGGAAAGGUCUGGAGGUCCCUGUAGACCCCUGGGAAGCCUGACACAGCUGCCAGCCCUGAGGAUCCCCUCCGAAGCCCCUCUCCAGCUUCCUCCCCUCCCCUUCUCUUUCCCUUCCUCUUGGUCCCCAUCCCCAUGCAGAGUGGGGAGGGGCCCUUUGGGAACGGGAGGGGACCUUCUGGACAGAGCUCAGGUCAAAAGUUUGGACUGCAGCUUCACCCCUUCCUGGGCUGUGUGGUUUGGGCAGAUGAUCUGACUUCUCUGGUCUUGUCUCCCCACAUGGACUGUAUCAUGGCUCAUCCUUCACUGGUUUCUAAUGAGACGGAAGCAUACACGUGUGUGUCAAGUGCCUGCCUGGCCCAGAGUAGGUGGCCACUAAAUGCUUCUCCCACCUCUCCCCUGCCCACCCUAGUAGAGACGAUGGCAGGAGAGGCAGGGUGCCCGUUGGUAAGGGUGCAGCUGCAGCACAGGGUAGCCUGGGCCUGAAUCCCGCUGUGCCUCUCAUCACUGUGCUCUUGGGUAAGGUGUUAACCUCUGUGCGUCUGUUUUCUUAGCUGUGAAAGAGGGAUGAAAAAUACUAAGGGAUGAAAGGGAGUAAAAAAUAAUAAUAAAUAAGUGUAUGUGUAUAUAUAUAUAUAUAUAUACAUACAUACACACAUAUAUACACACACACACUGGGCUAAUAUAUAUAUAUUUCUCUUAGUGUUGUUGUGAGGAUUAGAAGAGUUUAUAGAAAUCUUAGACUGGCUCCUGGCACUCACUAAGGGUGGGAAACGUGCUACUAUCACUGUUCACACUGGAGCGGCCGGAGCACUUGGCUGCACCUUUAGAGGCAGACUCAGACCCCACUGCUGCCCCUCACACCUUUAUAUUUGCCCCGUACUUGAUCCUGUGUGCUGGAGGAUUCUUAGGGAUUGGGGAGAGAGGCACAUGCACUGAGGUAGCCGUGCAGGGUGAGGGCUGAGAUGCCCUCCAGCAGCCAGAUGGAUUAGGUCUCCUUGUGGGUUCUUUUCAGGCGGCCAUCAAAGGACACAGGGCAGGCAAGGGACCUUGGGAGCCGAUUCCAUUUCGGAGUUCUGUAAGGGACAGGGACUAGAACCCUGGAGACGCGGGGGGUGUCACUGUGGCCCGCCUCAAGCUGUCAGCCUGCGGGGUUCUGCACUGUGCUUUGGCUACUGCGGUCUUUCUUUGCACUGCCCCAGGGGACUCCAGCAACCUCUACCUUUAAUGACCUCUGCCUCUGAACUUCUUUUCAGCCCUCACUCCAAACCCAGUAAUUUGCACACUGAAACUAGGAGGGGUCCCUGCCCAAGCUGCCUGUACAACUCCCCGUCACCCUUACUUUUAACCUAUCCUCUCUGCUUCCCCUGCCCUCCCAGGUACCCAGGUCAGUCAGUAAACAAUUCAUGCACAGGUAUGA